AUGGACGAUUGGGAACGAUAUGGUGGAGCAGCGUUUAUGUGCACAUUUUACACAUUUUUAGGUAUCGCUGCAGCAGCUUGUAAUACUGUUAAUCUAGUCAUAUUAUUUUCUAGCAAAGAACUUAGGCAAAGAUUGAUCUACCUCAUCGCACUAAACAUAGAAGAAGUUAUCAAUGCAAUAAGUUUCAUACUAGUGGGAUAUGGCCGAGGCUAUGAGCUUGAGCACGGAACUUUGUUUAUGCAAACCACUGUAGGCGACUGCUUUUUCCAGAAAUACUGGCCCCAUUUUUUGAUAAUUGGCACGGAACUUCCUGCGUAUAUGAUGAUUUUAAUCUCAUGUGAACGCUUCUUCGCUGUUCUUUUACCUAUAUAUUACAAGCGAUUUUUUCACCAAACGUACAAAUAUCUGCUAAUAUUGACUGUUCCCGCUGCGGCUCUGAUCUCACUUAUGUUUGCCUGGUUAUCUGCUUAUAAUGACCGCGAUAGAGUGGUAAACUCUCGUCAUUGCUUUAUCAUAGACAGCACAGGAAAAUGGUACUCCACAUUCCACUUUGUCAUAGUUGUUGCCGCUUUCUUUGUGUCGUUUCUGUCAUUCUUUGUUGCUUGGAGAAUUGGAAAGAGACUUACGACUGGCAAUGUCUUGGGCCGGAAACACAAUCUUGGACUAUGGAUGUCAAUAGCCCUAUCUUCCACCUUACUCAUGUCUCUUCCAUCUUUCGUUAUGAUUUGUAAAUCAAGGACAACCAUUGCCUUCAAUGAUAUUAUUGUGGCCUUGACUUACGCCAUGCCUGGAUUCCUAUCCAUAGCCAACACAAUCAUGAAUUUUGCCUUUCAUGAUCUAUUUAGACAUCAAUUCUUGUCUCUAAUUAGGUUACGGAAAAAGCCCAUUGGGUUAGCAGCGGUAAGAGAGGGUUUACAACAUACAAAUGAUAAACAUCAUAAUUCUUCAAAGGAAGGCCAUCAUUAA